AUGUCUCUUCAAGAAGUAUCUAACUCCUCAAGAGCUCCUCACAUCCAAACUUCUUUGGUAGAAGUCACAGACAAAUUACCCUUUAAACCACCAUGCCGUAUCCUUUUUAAGAAUGAAUACGAACAACCAAGUGGUUCAUUCAAACUUAGAGGCAUAGGCAGAUUAAUCCAAGCAUCUAUUCAAAGAGCCAUAAGGUCUAAUGAAGACAUUUCUAAAUUGCAUGUGUUUGCCUCGAGUGGAGGGAAUGCUGGUCUUGCAGCUGCUUAUCUGGCCCGGUUUUAUGGUAUUAGAUGUACUGUUGCAUUACCAACUGUAUCGAAAGCUAAUGUUAGAGCCAAACUUGAACUGUAUGGAGCAAAGUUAUUAAUCUAUGGCAAUAAUAUUAAUGAAGCUGAUAAGUAUCUCAAAACAAUUAUUGCUGCAGUUGACCAUAACCAAACAAUUCCUAUCUAUUGUCAUCCGUUUGACAAUCCAGAUAUUUGGGAAGGUCAUUCUAGUGUGAUUGAUGAAGUUGCAACUCAGUUAGACAAGGGUUUAGUUUCGAAAGUUAGAGGCAUAGUUUGCUCUGUUGGUGGUGGUGGGUUAUACAAUGGAAUUUACAAAGGUAUUCAACAGAAUAACAUGACUCUGGACGUUAUUCUUGUGGAAUGCAACGAAGCUCCAACAUUUAGUGAAACCAUAAAGGCUAACAAGAUUGUUACCUUAAACUCAGUUAAAUCAGUUGCCACCUCCCUUGCAUGCUCACACUUAAACAACAAAUCUUUGGAAUACUACCAUAACAACUCCAUCAUCAAGACUCAUUACCAUCCUAUAACUGACAACGAUGCCAUUAGAGGGUCUGUUCAAUUCUACGAUACUUUUGGUACUGUAGUAGAGCCAGCAUGUGGGGCAGCUGUUUGCACAGUUUUCAAUCAAAUGGAAGCACUCACUAAUUCUCUUGAGCAUUUAUCGCCUGAUGAUAUUGUAGUGAUUGUUGUGUGUGGAGGCCUUUGCAGCUCGUUUGAAGAUAUAGUUGAAUUCAAAAGAUUGCUUAGAUCUUCCAGAUUAUAA